GGCGAAGGCUGCGGACCGCAAAGGGAGCCCACACCCGGGGGGCGGGUUCCCCACGUGGUUUCCAGGAGCUCGGGUCUGGCUGGUUUCCAAGUCCUGGUUUCCUCUUCAGUCGUGCGGGGCAGAAAGAUCCAGGAGCCAGCGAGCCCCAGCCAGGCUCCGGGCCCCGCCUGCAGCUGGCCUUGCCCAGGGCAACUGCUUCCGCCAGCGCCCCUCGGAGUCCACCCAGCCUCCGUGGAGGCGGCUCCAGGCUUCUCCCAUCGUGGAACCGGCCAGUGCAGGGAGAGAGGCGAAAGGCGGCGAGUCAGAAAGAUUUAGAACCAGAGAGCUGGGGGUCCUCCGCUCCUUCACCCUGCCAGAGCAGCAGACAAGCGGCUGCAGCCUCGCGAUGCUCUCCCUGUUCUCCGGCACACAGAGCGACAGAGAGAGGCUCGUGCGCGCCAGCCAGUCCCUGCUCGACUCCCUGGAAGGAUGCAUCUCGGCCACCCAGGCGCUGCUCGGCCUCCUCAACCAGCACCUUAACACCAGCGUGUCCCUGGAACCGGUGGGGGGCAGCGUCGGCGUGGGGGAGAGCCUGGAGCGCCUGCUGCGGGCAGCGCGGGAGAUGCACGCCGCGGCGGAGCAGACGGACAGACACGUGCGGAAGAACGCCAGCCGGGACCUGUACGCCCGCAUGGCCUCCCCCCACACCCCGCUGCAGGAGAAGGGGGCCAUCGUCCGGGACUUCCACCAGGCCACCAUGGGGAUCUUCGGCAGCGUGGGUGGCCCCGUGGUGGCCGUGCUGCUGCAGAACGCCGGCCUCCCCGAGCGGCUGGAGGCGGCUCUGCGGGAGGCGGAGGCCUCCCCGGUGCUGCGCCUGCCGAUGGACGCCCUGCUCCGGAGCACCGAGGAGAUCGCCAGGGCUGUUUCCGCUUGUGCCACCCCUGGGGACCCAACUGGGGAAACGGCUGCAGAGCCCCCCGAGAAUGGCCCCGUCUCUGGGGCCGGCACGGUGCAAAGUCUGGGUGACCACCUGCCCGAUGUCCUCACGGGGCGUCGUGCUAGGAACGCCCUGGCUGCGGCCGCCCGGCACCUGGAGCAGGAGCUCCAGGCGCUGGCACCGGCCUGCAAGUCUUUCCAGUUGGUAGCUGCCGCGGCUGAGGUCUACAUGGCCCUGAUCUCGGAGCAGCAGCCGGGAAUGGGAGAGGGGCCGGGCCAGAAUCCUGCCGGCGUCGCCCAUUGAGCUGCGCAGGCAGAGCCAGGACAGCGCCCCCUGGCCGCGGCACACGCACGGGCAGGCUUUGCCCCGGGCUCUGCUCCGGUUAAUGAGCCCGGCAGAGCCCAGCAUGUGGGGCUGGCAGCCGGGAACCGCAGCAAAUAAAGGGAACUGAGCAAAACC